GCUUUUUAAUUUAGCUACCUCUUCCGUUAUUCAAUCUCAUAUCAGUUCAUUUCAGCUGUUUUUUUUUAGUUUAUUAUUGCUCUUGUUUAGAAUAGGCAGUCACAGUGUUAGUUAGAGUAUGUAGUCAGUCAGAAUAUACAAAGCUCUUUAAUCUAGCUACCUCUUACGUUAUUCAAUCUCAUAUCAGUUCAUUUCAGCUGUUUUUGUCUAGUUUAUUAUUACUCUUGUUGAGAAUCGGCAGUCACAGUGUUAGUUAGAGUAUGUAGUCAGUCAGAAUAUACAAAGCUCUUUAAUCUAGCUACCUCUUCCGUUAUUCAAUCUCAUAUCAGUUCAUUUCAGCUGAUUUUUUUAGUUUAUUAUUGCUCUUGUUUAGAAUAGGCAGUCACAGUGUUAGUUAGAGUAUAUAGUCAGAAUCUACAAAGCUCUUUAAUCUAGCUACCUCUUCCGUUAUUCAAUCUCAUAUCAGUUCAUUUCAGCUGUUUUUGUCUAGUUUAUUAUUACUCUUGUUUAGAAUCGCCAGUCACAGUGUUAGAGUAUAUAGUCAGAAUAUGCAGAUUUCUUUAACCUAGCUGCCUCUUGUAUCAGUUCUCUAUAUUUUUAUUUUCAGUUUGUGUUUUUUUAAAGUUUUCAUUAUCAUUACUCUUGUUCAAAAUGUAUAGCCAGUCACAGUGUUAGUUAGAGUGUAUAUUGAGUCAGAAUAUACAAAGCUCUGUAGUCUAGGUGUCUCUUUUCUCAUAGUCAUUUGUAAGUUGAGAUGAAUGACGUAAGAAAAAGUGUGUGACGUCAUCAGCUGAACCCAGACCGAGACCUUUUCCCUUCCCUUCAUGCAGAUGCUGGCAAAACACUAUCAAAACCCUCGACUCCCUUGAAAAUAAAUCCCAGAGCACCACUUCAAGGGCCUCGAGGUGACUCCCGGUGCUAAACGCCUAUCAGAUCCCCCGACUCCCUUGAAAACACGUCACAGAGCACCACAUCAAGGGCCUCGAGCUGACUCCCGGUGCUAAACGCCUAUCAGAUCCCUCGACUCGCUUGAAAGACCAGAUUCUCGCUAUGCCGCCUCUCAAAACUAUACAGCAGCUGAAGACACUAAGUACAUCUGCUCUUACCAACUUUCUCGCCAGCGCCUUCGUGAAGAUUGUAGGAGGAGACCCGAUUGUGAGGAGGAUUGUGGGUAAGAAGAGCUUUAAAGGAAAGAAGAAAUGCAGUUUGAAGCCACGGUCACCAAACAAACCACACACCACCCCCAGCAGCGGUGGUGGUGACAGUAGCGUCCUCACCACCGCACACACCGCCUUGCAAGUGACACGCAUACAGCAAUACCUAGGCGAGGGGGUCCCCAAGGAUACCCGGGAGUCCUUACUGCACCAAGUCCUUUUAGAAGUGACGGAAGCGCUGACAAGACCACGGAGGGGGAAGAAACAUGAUGUGGGGUUUGAAAUGAGGGUUCAGCGUCUUCACCGCGCCCUCAGCCACACACUAGACACCCUGCUAGGCUCACACGUAGCUACUCUUGACCUGACGCCCAUACAGCACCAGGUCCUGAAGUGGCUGUCAACUUGUAGGCUCAAUAACCGCGAUCCUAAAGCCACGGGGAGUCUAACCACAGCUAGACUCGAAAACAUGAUGCUAGUUGUCUUAGGAGAGAACGUGAGCAGAUUAGCUAGUCUCUCCACACUCAUCUGGCCUCAUUUAGUCACUGGUGAGGCUAUCAAGCUCAUAGGAGGUCACUGCAGGUCACUAAAACGCCUCGAACUUGCUUGUAACUGCGAGGCCACCUUUGCUAUGAAUUAUGUGAAGGAGGACCCAGAGUUUGCGAAGCAGGAAAAGGCUCUGGUUUCCUCCCUAGGGGCUCUAUAUGACCGUGCCCCUGGGGAUUUCAGCGGUACAAAGCCUGGGGGGUGUCCUAAGCUGAAAAAACUAAUACUGCCACGCUUAGAUGAUGAGGAUGGAGGGCUGGCAAUGCAUGUCACACGCGCGCUUUGUCAUUUACGCGGGCUGGAAUCGAUCACUGGCGCUCCGAUGUUGGUCUCCCUCUCACAGCUUCGGCAGGAGAGAAACGCCCCUUCCAGCCUCUCCCUGAAGCAUUUAAGCGACAUAGACACGUACAAUAGACGCCCCGUGCCUGACAUGCAGUACUUGACCCAAAUCGUACCGAAAUUAACGACUAUUGAGGUUAUUAUGAGUGAAAAUGUUACAGUUGCCGUGCUGAAUGCCUUCCCGUCAGCCACCUCCCUCAGCCUCACCCUCCCAGAUUUCUACCUUUCAGCACGCCGCUACAAAAAUCUGCGCCAUUUAGACAUUAAUUUAGAGUUCCAGGUAGCUUGGCCAUUACUCCAGGCGUUGAGCAAGGGGAGAAUACCUUUGGAAACCCUUACAAUUCGCCAUUCCACGUUUCAAAUGGGCUUAGACAGCUGUACCAAUGAAAUAUCAAUCCUAGCCCCUGUUCGUCUGCCAAGUCUGACAUCUUUUACCCUCAUUCGCUCCAGUUUUAUUGAGUUUAAUGCCCUGAAAACCCUCAUGUCUGGGACCCCUAACCUCAAAAACCUCACUUUGACCCUGACUGAUGAUAGAAAUUACAUGGUAGACGAACUAAAUGAUUCCUUAGUUAAUGUUAUUGCUCCCUUCCUUCCCUCCCUCACAUUCUUCACAGCGGAGUGUCAAUAUAAGACAAAUUUAUAUAACCAGCCUAAUUGCGUGCUGACAAUGGCCGCUGUGGAGAUGCUGUGUGAUAAAUGCCCUCUUUUGAAGUUCAUUGGCCAUUUAGAUGUGUGGGAUGUGACGGAGGAGGAAGUGAAAAGGCUAAAUGACUGGGUGAAAAGGAAUAAUUAUGAUUUACACGUUGUUUAAAGAAAUAUGGAGGAAGGAAAGUAAGUAUAAGACAGGCUAUGGAGAAGAAUGUAAUAAAUAGAUAUAGAGAAAGGGAGAGAUGAGAUAGGCUGUGUCAAAUAAUGGAAUAAAUGAUAAAAAGGAGAUAGAAAUAAGAUAGGCUAAUGGAGAAGAAUGCAAUAAAUAUGGAGAAAUAGAUAUGAGAUUAGAUAAUAAGAAAAGAAUAGAAGAAAAAAAAAAGAAAGAAUAA